CAGCGCCAUUUCCGCUUCCGUUUCUGGGAGGAAGCGGAAGUGGGUGAAAUUGGGGGGGGUGCACGGAGGAGGUUGGAGAAAGAGCGGCUGGUGAAUUCUGAGGCAGUGGCCAUGUAUUUUACUCGCGGGGAGUGGGAUUUCCUGGACCCGGGCCAGAGGGUCCUCUACAAGGAGGUCCUGAUGGAGAAUUACGGGAACGUCGCCUCUUUGGGCAAUGUGCCCCCAAGUGAGGCUUACCGGGAGCUCCCCAUGGCAUCCUGGGAAGCGGCCAAACCGAUUGUGGAGAAGCAGCAGGAGUUUGAGGGCCAAAACGGGGCAUCUAAGCCAAAGGGAAACCAGUCCAAGAACGGGAAGAAGAAGCCCCCCGCCCCGCUGGGCCCUGAGAUGGGGGAGACCUUGACCCCGGAGCCCGGCCAGGCGAAGUGCCCUGCCUGCGGGAAGGCCUUCAAGUACGAGUCGCACCUGAACAUCCAUUUCCGGGUCCACACGGGGGAGAAGCCCUACUCGUGCGCGGAGUGCGGGAAGUGCUUCAGCCAGCACGGGCACCUCCACUCCCACCAGAGGACCCACUCCGGGGAGAAGACCUACAAGUGCAUGGACUGCGGGAAGAGCUUCAGCGACAGCGGGGCCUGCACCAAGCACCAGACCACCCACAACAAGGAGAAGCCCUACCAGUGCCUCGAGUGUGGGAAGAGCUUCAGCCAGCACGGGCACCUCCACUCCCACCAGAGGAUCCACACUCGGGAGAGGCCCUACAAGUGCACCGAGUGCGGGAAAGGCUUCAGCCAGCGGGGCCACCUCUAUUCCCACCAGAGGAUCCACACCAAGGAGAAGCCUUACAAAUGCACCGAGUGCGGGAAGAGCUUCAGCCAGCGGGGCCACCUGUAUUCCCACCAGAGGAUCCACACCAAGGAGAAGCCCUACAAGUGCCUGGAGUGCGGGAAGUGCUUCAGCCAGAGUGGGCACCUCCACUCGCAUGAGAGAACCCACACGGGAGUGAAGCCCUACAAGUGCAUGGAGUGCGGGAAAUGCUUCAGCCAGCGGGGGCACGUCUAUGCGCACCAGAGGACCCACACGGGGGAGAAGCCUUACAAGUGCGUGGAGUGCGGGAAGAGCUUCGGCCAGCGGGGACACCUCCACUCCCACCAGAGGACCCACACGGGGGAGAAAGCCUGCAAGCGGGCCGAGUGCGGACAGUGUUGCGGAGAUGGCGCUAACGGCGCAUGUGCCAAGCACCCGCGGAUUCCUACGUGGGAGAAACCCUACAAACACCCGGAAAGUGCUUCUUCCGUUAUGGCGGAAUACUGAUACAUACAUCACACACGGUGAUGCAUUCAACUAGAACUUUCCAACACAUUGUGUGUAGCUGUGUCGCGCAAACGAGAAAUUACAAUGUAUGUUAUCAUCUUACAAAUCAUAUAUUUUUUACAAAUCUAAAUGAAACGUUUUCAUGAGAUACGUUGUGUCCCGUACAGUUCAGCUACGAUCCGUAUCUCUUCUGCAAUCUAUCUCUUCAAACCUCCAGUUUGAUCAGUAAAACCGAAUGACUGUGUUGCGGAAUGGCGCCUGACUAAAAACGUGGAAUCUUUGGAAAGCUCUGGAUCAAACUGUCUUACGGAAGGCCGUAAUGCUGUAAAAUAACCAAGUGGUAGAAAAAGAGUUUGGUCUGAUGACAAAAUGUGUUUCAAAUUAUGGGAUCUGCAUCAUGAGAAAUAUUAAUGGGACUUUGUUAGAAGCUAAAACUUUACUCCCAGUUCACAUUUCCUGCCUUUUCUUAUGCUAGCUGUUCGUAUGGACUUUUCUAUUUGCGCUGUCCAUUUUAUGUACUCGUUCGUCAUGUUCGUUACGGAUUCUGCAGAAUUACAUUUAAAAUAGAAAUGUCAUUUUUUUAAAACGUAUUUUUAACUUCUCAGAAUAUUACCUACUAAACCAUUACGUGACUGCAUUUGUGACCCUAUACUAACCCAGUGCCACUGAACCUCAUGGCUUCUACAGCUGAUAGAAAACAGCUGGAAAUACAUAUUUCAAACAUCUGUAAGAGGGUUGUGUAUGUAUAAUUGAUGUUGAGUUUGAAGCAGAAAAAUUACAAUAAAUGUGUUUUGGAGCAUAA